GUUCGGCCGGGAGGCUUCGGCGCGGCGCCGCAGCCUUCACUCCCCUCAGAGCCGCCGGUUCGAGUCCCGCGUCCGCGCCCCCGCCUGGCUGAGGAGCUCUGAGCACAUGGAUAGUCCGUUGAUUGGUUCCACUUUACACAAGGAUAAGUGUCUAAGUCCUCACCCACCUUCUGUGUCCUGAAACUGCUCUAUUGACUAUGAUGGAUCAAAGUAUAUUGCCAAAAGAAAACACUGUCUGUUCUCCUACAGCUUAGAUGAGAAGCCUAGCCUGGCCAGCAGCCAGUGACUUGUCUGGGAGUCAUGAUGCCGACACGCCGGUGAGCGGCGGCGAGGAGAGCGGUAGAGCCCAUGGGCUAGAGGAGGCGAGGACCCGACUCGGCAUCUCUGAGCAGGAUCCGGACGAGCCCGAGCUGAGCAUGCCAGAGCCAGCACCGCUCGGCGUGGACAAGAAAGCGGCGGAGAAGAAGCGGGUGGAGAAGGUGGGAGUCAAAGGCGGCACCACCGGGCCUCCAGUCCCCAAGAGCCUCCCCGUGCAGAGGAAGGUGGAGCCCCCCAGCCUGGACCCGGCGGAGGAGCCGCUCGUCUGGGAAGGGCUCACCCUCAACAAGUGCAUCCUGGUGGCCUCCGUCGUCGCCCUGCUCAGCGUCACCUUCCAGGUGCUCCAAGCGCCAUGCUCCAGGGAGGGAGUCAGCCGCGGCAGGCAGGACCCUCCGCCACCUCCCCUUCAAGAGGUGGUCAGCGCCAAGGAGGAGGAGGUCCAAGAGGUGGUGGCUGCCCAGCCGGCGAGCAGCGUGCUCAAGGACGAUGGUGAAGAUGAUGAUGGUGACGAUGACGGUGACGAUGACAGCGAUGCUGACAGCAACCUGGCAGAGCCCUGGAUCUUCAAGAAGUGGUUUGGCCGCUCGGCACCGGAGGACGGGGACGAAGAGCCCGCAGAUGUCCCCGAGGUGCCACCGGCUGCAGCGGAGGUGAAGAAGAGCCGGGAGAAGAAGCUGGAGAAGAAAGAAGAGAAGGCCCGGGAGGGUCGUGCCACCCAGGCAGAGCGGAGCAGCCGGAGGGAAGCGCGAGCCAAGGACAGGGCACUGGGGGACAAGCCCAGCAGAGCCCCCAGGGCCCCCCGGGAACCGGAGCAGCAGCCCCAGAAGAAGCGGAGCCGGGAGGGGAAGGAGAGCCGGCGGGAGAGGGAUGAGCCCAGGAAGGAGGGGUGGAAAGGCCGUCCCAGCAGGGCCGAGGGCGGCGGGGAGAGCCCGAAGCGGGACUGGCGGCAGCAGAAGGGCAGGAAGCCCUGGGAGCCGGCGGCCGCCCCGGGGAAGGACGGCACGGGCAGGGCCAGGGAGAGCAAGAGGCGCGACUGAGGCCGGGGCGACCGAGGGGCUCGAUGAUGCUGAAUCCAGGGGGGUCCAACCCCACCGCCGCCCCCGGCGAAGGGCACCCUGCAGCUCCCCGCCUGCUCUCCAGAGACAUCCCCGGGGCCGGCAGCGCGGGCAGCGCUCCGGGAUCUCCGAGAGCAGCAGCACAGCAGCCCCGGAGCCUGGCACGAGCCUCCCCGGGGCCUUUGGGCCCCCCCUGGAUUAGUUUCACAAAGGCAACCCGAAAGGACUGGGGGAAGGAGCUUCUCUUCAUCUGGGCUUCCUGCUAUUUCUCCAUCCCCACCCAAAAUCUCUCCUGCAGUUCAUUUUCACUCAUAGUCCCCGAGGCAUCGGGGCAGCGCAGAGGACACAGGGAUCCCGGUGAACAGAGUUUGUCUCUAGACUGCGUAGCUCUUCAAGUCAGUUAAUGGUUUUAUUCAAAGCAAAUCAAGAGAAAAGUGUGUUCUGGGUUAACGAAGCCAGGCUGCAGCCGUCCUCAGAGGGAUGUUGGGGGAACAACCACCCCCCGACCUCGCCGGGCCCCGGUGCCAUCGCAGCAGGGUGGUGGGAAGCUCGUUGGUAACAAAACAGUGCUGGAGAGCCCAGCACCCGGGGAGCCCAGCACCCGGGGAGCCCAGCACCCGGGGAGCCCAGCACCCAGGGAGCUCAGCACCCGGGGAGCCCAGCACCCAGGGAGCUCAGCACCCGGGGAGCCCAGCACCCAGGGAGCUCAGCACCCGGGGAGCCCUUCGGGCCUUGCCUUCACAGAGUCGCUUUUAGGAACGAAACACAAGUGCAAUAUCAUGCAGCGCUGUAGCAACUACGGGAGAUGUUCACAGCCCCAGCCCACGGCAAGUUUAAGUAUUUGCUAAAUCAAUAGAGGUUAAAAUAGACUAUUUUCAUUUUUAAUAAGGUAUUAAAUUGAAUGUUUUAAAAAAAAAAAA